AUGAAGUGGGUGGUCUUUGUGCUCGUUUGUCUCCAGCUGUCAGAGGGAUUAGUCAGAGUCCCUCUCAGCAAAUUCAAAUCCAUCCGAGAAAUGAUGAAGGAAAAAGGUGUUCUUGAGGAAUUUCUAAAAAUGUACAAAAGGGACCCUGCCAUGAAAUACAGCUUUAACCACAAAGAUGAAUUUGCAGUGGCCUACGAGCCUAUGUACAUGGAUGCCUGCUACUAUGGGCAGAUCAGUGUUGGAACCCCUCCUCAGAGCUUCAUGGUGCUAUUUGACACUGGAUCAUCCAACCUUUGGGUUGCUUCCACAUACUGCCAGAGCCCAGCUUGUCAGAACCACCCUCUGUUUAACCCAAGCCAAUCUUCUACCUAUACCUCAAGUAAUCAACGAUUCUCUAUGCAGUAUGGCAGUGGAAGUCUCACUGGUGUCUUUGGUUAUGACACUGUGACAGUACAAGGCCUGACCAUCACUAACCAAGAGAUUGGUCUGAGUAUCAAUGAGCCUGGCACCAACUUUGUCUAUGCUGCCUUUGAGGGUAUCUUUGGUAUGGCUUACCCAGCUCUCUCUGCUGGUGGUGCUACCACUGCCAUGCAAGGAAUGCUGCAACAAAACCUGCUGACCUCCCCCAUCUUUAGUGUCUGGCUGGGCAGCCAAUCUGGAGAGGUUGUCUUUGGUGGAGUUGAUAACAACCUGUACUCUGGUCAGAUAUACUGGGCCCCAGUGACCCAGGAGCUUUACUGGCAGAUCGCCAUUGACGAGUUUUCCAUAAAUGGACAGGCAACUGGAUGGUGCAAUCAAGGAUGCCAGGCUAUGGUUGAUACGGGGACUUCUCUCCUUACAGUACCUCAGCAAUUUAUGGGCACUCUGCUUCAGUACCUGGGAGCUCAGCAGAGCCAAUAUGGAGAGUUUGUAGUGGAUUGUAGCAAUGUACAGAGCCUGCCUCCAAUCAGCUUUACCAUUAAUGGAGUCCAGUUCCCAAUCCCUCCUUCUGGAUAUAUAAACCAGAAGAAUGGAUAUUGCACUGUAGGUGUAGAGGUGACUUACCUGCCAUCCCAAAAUGGACAACCUUUUUGGAUCUUGGGAGAUGUUUUCCUCAGGCAGUACUACACCAUAUAUGAUAUGGGCAACAACAGGAUGGGCUUUGCUCAGUCAGCAUAAACUACUACUACUGUGAGCCUUGGAAUAGUGAAACCUAUGGAAGAACAGCUAUAAAUAUGUUAACUCUCAAAAUAAAUUUGAUGAUUCACGUUUAGCUGCUUCUACCAACACCAGAUUAAAC